GCUCGAGAAGAAGGAGGCUGCUGUGGAUUUUCUUUUACAUCCCUUCCCCCAUCAAGGAGAACUAGUAGGAUGUGUGGAUUGAGCACCACCAUAGACUGCUUCUGUAGAUGUCCUGUGUGUGCUUCUCCAGGCAUGGCUGGGUGUAGGAAGAGUUUCCAGAAGAGAACGUCUUAUUGGGAGCAGCUCCUUCAAAAUGCAGGUGAAAGAGGUGAUGAUAGUAUGAAACUGUGAUGCUGCCCACAUGACACUGCAAUCAUUUCAGGGAGUGCAUACUUUUGAAUGCUGGUAAACCCAAGGGUGUGACUAUGUACUGGGAUGAGAACAGGAGCAGGAAAGGAAUGGGGCAGAGGGAGACAGGAUGUGGCCCAAUUGGGGUUUCAAGGAGAUGAAACUAACUGAACUGUUUUGUUUUGGAUUAAAAGCUUCUAACUAGGUUUAUGAGUGACCAAAAGUUCUCUUUACACUGAGCCAGCAGGGAGUGGGACCAAGAUGCCAAUACCACCUCCCCCUCCCCCUCCCCCUGGACCACCCCCACCUCCAACUCUCAAUCAGGCUAACACUGAGCCUCCAAAAUUGAGCAGGGAUGAACAACGAGGGAGAGGGGCUCUCCUACAAGAUAUCUGUAAGGGGGCCAAGUUGAAAAAAGUAACCCAAGUCAAUGACAGGAGUGCACCCAUCAUUGAGAAAUCCAAGAGCAGUGGCAAUUACAGCUCUGGUGCAUCUCCCUUGCCACCAAAGGGGGGACUGUUCCAAGGUGGUGUCCCCAAGCUCCGACCAGUGGGCGCAAAGGACAAUUCAGACAGCCCCUCAGGGAAGCAGUCACUGCAGGUUCCUGGGACCAGAUCAGCUGCACCACGCCCCCCUGUUUCUUCCUCUGGUGGCCGACCCCAAGAUGACACAGAUAACAGCCGGGCUUCUACCCCAGAGCUUCCACGCACCCAGAGACCUUCUUUGCCAGAUCUCUCACGGCCAAAUAGUGCCAAUAGCACUGGCAUGAAACAUAGCUCAUCUGCCCCUCCGCCUCCACCACCUGGACGUCGAGCCAAUGCACCGCCUGCUCCUCCUUCCAUGCACAACAACAAAGCACCUUCCUACAACCGCGAGAAGCCAUUGCCACCAACUCCAGGACAGCGACUCCCAGGGAGUCGGGAAGGACCACCAGCUCCUCCCCCUAUCAAGCCACCCCCUUCCCCAGUGAACAUCCGGACGGGACCAAGCAGUCAGGGCCAGUCCCUGGCACCCCCUCCUCCACCAUACCGGCAGCCCCCUGGUGUCCCAAAUGGCCCUGUCAGCCCCACCAAUGAAUUGGCCCCUGAGCUUCCACAGAGACACAAUUCCUUGCAUAGAAAGACUCCAGGGCCUGGGAGGGGUAUGGCCCCUCCCCCUCCCCCAUCAGCUUCCCCUUCUUUGCAGAGCAGUCGGCCCCCACCUCCUGCCCGUGAUCCUCCAAGCCGUGGGGCAGCUCCACCACCACCACCACCACCACCAAUGAUCAGAAAUGGUGGUAGAGAUGCACCUCCACCUCCCCCACCCUACAGAAUGCAUGGGUCUUCAGAUCCAACAAGCCGUGGGAAACCGCCACCACCGCCCACUAGAACACCUGUUGGACCACCACCACCUCCCCCACCAAUGAGAAAUGGACACCGGGACUCCAUCUCCACUGUUAGGUCUUUUUUGGAUGACUUUGAAUCCAAAUACUCUUUUCAUCCAGUUGAAGACUUUCCAGCCCCAGAAGAGUUCAGGCAUUUCCAGAGGAUCUAUCCCAGUAAAACUAAUAGAGCUACUCGUGGGGCACCUCCUCUGCCUCCCAUUCCGAGGUGAAAAAUGGACAUCUUUGCACAUCACUGAAACAAAUGGACCUGUGUUCUCAGAUUUCCCCCCACGUUCUGAUCCUACAAAAACCUGCAUGAGAAACACAUUCCUGCUAUAUUGAUUCCCUCCACCCUAAACUGUUGCAAGAACCUGGAUGAAUAUACAAUUACUCUCUUCCAUCUAUGCAUUUCACUCCCAGACUCGAAAGGACAUCUGUUGUCACAGCUGGGUGAAAAGCUUCCUCUGCAGUUCCACGUUGCUUUCUCGUUUCCCCAGCGCCUGCUGCCAUAGAGAAAGAGUCCCCAGUUCAUUCACCAUUACUACUCAAGAACAAGAGCACCAUAAAUAUUUUCCAACAAAGGAAGUUGAAUGGAACCAUUUUGGAACUGUGGGCCAAAUUGAAGCACCUGUUUGUAGAUACUUGCGUAGCAGAAGCAAGGGAGAUGGCCAUGUAUUGGGUGUGGUGGGGAGCUCUGAUUUUUACAAGAUGCAGCAUUUAAAAAUACUAUAUAACUGUUCCGUUUUUAAAAUGCAAACACUACAUACUAACAAAUUGUGUAACUUGAAGAAGGGAGGGAUGGAAAUGAGUUAUCAACAACAUAUUUUGGAGCAAAGUUCUAAAUGAAAAAAGCAACAUAAAUGUAGCAAUAUCCUUCGUAGCACAAGAAAUAUUUGGGGUGUACAGCAGUUGGUCUGCUGUAUUGUGGUGUCUUUGUCUUGUUGAUCUGGAGACAUUGUCUUUGCCCUCAAUGUCAGCUUUUCCAAAUGGCUAUUGGCACCCCAGUUGAAACUGUUGUGACCCCUAAAUGUGUUGUGCCUGUGCAGUAUAACAUAGGCAGGCAUCACAUAUGAAUGGACCUUCACAUAUGGUGCCAUAUCUGCUAUAUAGGGCUUGGGAUAGGGCUUAUAGAAGAGAAAAAGCAUGUAGAAAAGACUGGUGGAAAGACCUAGGCUUAACAAGCAGGCUGGAAAUAUGGUGGUGCCCACAAUCAGUAAAUUUGUGGCAUAGUACAGUGGUGCAAGAUGAAGUGUACUUGGGCCACACAUGGGUAUUUUUAGGGACUUUGACAUAGACUGUUCAACUGUGACAGCUCUUUUCUUUAGGAGAUCACAUUCUCACAGAGGUACAGUUCUGUCAUACCUCUAUAUAAUUCUGGUGGACCUGUUUUAAGUAUUCAUCCCUCUAUCAACAAUCAUGUUUUGCCUUACCUUUUUUUUGGGGGGGGAGGGGGAAGCAAGUGGCUGGCUGCCUAUGCCAUAAAGGGUAUCAAACAGAAAAGCAUUUGGCUGUAGUUAUGAGCAUUGUGCUGUUCCUGACAGAAAAUCCCUCCUGCAUGGUUUGGUUAAAGAAAAUUAACUCUUAAAUGAUAAAUCAGCUUUCUAACUCAAAAUUGUUUACUAAUAGUUAAUAAUCCACUCCAGUAAAGUUACUUUUAGAGAUCAGGGAUGAUAGAGAUUUUGAUUUGUUUCUUUUACCAGUUGUACACAACUAUCAGUGUUUUAUGUGAUUUCUUGCUUGUGAUUCUGAAGAGGAGGAUUGCUGUCCGCCUUGGGAUGCUUGUUAUGCCCCUUAAACAACCAUGCACCCAGCUGGUCUCUUGAGUUGUCGCCUAGAAAACCUUACCCACCAUUGGGAGAGGACUCUAUAGUGCUUGGCUUUGUGUUUGAGAUCAGAAUAGAGCCUACCCACUUGGCUGUCUUAUUUUCAGUGCCUCUCUGUCUCCAUGCACAUACAGCCUGCUACAAAUUCACUACUAGGUUGUUGACUGAUAGAAAGAAGUGUCCAGUUCAAGGUUGAGAACAACUAAUCUGGGCCUGCAGCUGAACCAGAUUCCUUUUUCUCUUCAUACCUCUUCCCCAUUUAUGUUCUGUUCAGAAGAUGAUAACAUCACGCCUAGCUCGCUAGUUGGUUAGGUUUUUGCCUUACACAGUACUUCUGUCAUGUGAUUGGUACCAGAUUUAUUAUAAUUGUGUAUAUUUACUCUUGAAUAACAUGGGGGGUGGGAAAAUAUGUGUUAUAAUCAUAAAUAUUGAUCUAUUUUAUAUGUUGUAAAAAGUUUGUAGGCUUGUCAGCCAUACAUUAUGAAAGUUCUUCACCUUCUACUUUUAUUCUCCCCCCCCCCCCCUUUGAUGAUGGAAAUUCAUCUGUUUUUAUUUUCGUCCUGUUUUUUUAGUGAAUGACUGGGCAGCCUCUCAUGUUGAGGGGCUAGUGCUUGGUUGGAGGAAUUUCUUUUUUUUCUUCUGGAGGAAAAUUAAAUCUUACCCAGUAUACCUCACUGGGAAAAGAUGUUAAAUGCGCUGUGCAUUUGGGAUGGGGAUAAGGGGGUGUUAAUUUUUUUUUAACAGUUACAUUCCUUGUAACAUUAACUUUCCAGUAACUAAAUCCUUUGUUUGGGAAGCAACUGUGAAGGGGAUUCCUAAGCUUGAAAUGGCAGUUGAAUGAAAAACUUAAUAAAAGAGGCACAUGUGUUGUACUUGCA